CUUUAUCAACCAAUUUUUACUUGGUUGAAAUUUCUCCAUGAGAAAUCUGCAUUCUACAAUUUCCUAUUGGAUUAUGUGAUUGCUCAAUGUUUUGUGGUAUAAAAGUGAAUUAUAUUUAUCAAGUUAUUUAUUUUGCAGGAGACUACUCAGUUCAUUGAGUCUGUGCUGGCUGUACCUAGUGCAAUCCCUUGCAGUAUACACCACACCUAAAAGUUUAUUUCCAUUUUUAUUUGAUUUAACAUGGAACACACUUCAGUCUGGAGGUUCUGCAUUGGAUGCAGUGGAGGAAGGUUUGCAUCAGUGUGAGACUGACCAGUGUCAAGACACUAUGGGAUAUGGAGGAAAGCUGGAUGAGCAUGGGGAGACAACAUUGGAUGCCAUGAUUAUGAAUGGCAUGGAACACACUUCAGUCUGGAGGCUCUGCAUUGGAUGCAGUAGAGGAUGGUUGCAGUCGAUGUGAGAUCGACCAGUGUCGAGGUACUGUGGGUUACGGAGGAAACCCGGAUGAGCAUGGGGAGACAACAUUAGAUGCCAUGAUUAUGAAUGGUGAUACAAUGGAGGCUGGAGGAGUUGGGCAGCUUCGAAGGAUUAAAAGUGCGAUUCGUCUUGCUCGAGCAGUGAUGGAACACACCAGUCAUUCAUUGUUGGUGGGAGAAUCAGCUUCAGAAUUUGCUCAGAAUAUGGGUUUCCCAAGUGAAGAUUUAACAACAAACAAAUCUCUGUCCAUGCAUGCAGACUGGCUGAACCAAAGAUGCCAACCUAAUUUCUGGAAAAAUGUUGUACCGUAUGCAGAAACUUCCUGUGGGCCAUACAAACCAAUGAAGACGCCACUGUCCAAACAGAACAGAAUACCAGCACAGCUUGGCAAUAUUCAUAACCAUGACACCAUUGGAAUGGUUGUGAUUGACAAGACUGGAAGUGUAGCUGCUGGGACGUCUACUAAUGGCCUAUCACAUAAAAUCCCAGGCCGUGUGGGAGAUUCACCAAUAGUUGGGGCAGGUGCUUAUGCCGAUAGCACAGCCGGAGCUGCAGCUGCUACAGGGAUUGGAGAUAUUAUGAUGCGGUUUCUCCCGAGUUACCAAGCAGUGGAGUAUAUGCGGAUGGGAAUUGAACCAGCCAUAGCUUGUCAGAAGACGAUUAAAAGAAUUCAAAAAUAUUAUCCUCAGAUUUUUGGUGCCCUUAUCUGUGCAAACAGAACUGGGGGUUAUGGUGCUGCAUGCAGUAAAUCUCCAGAACUUGUCCAGUUUCAUUUCAUGGUUUACAAUCCAUCGAAGGUCUCGGAAGAAAUAGUGGACUGCAUUUGAAGCUGCUGUGAUGCAUCUUUUUCGGAGCCUUUAAGGCUGUUUAUUCUUGAUUGUGAAUCAAGUUCAGCUUCAGAUAAACUAAAUUUCGUAGAAAAUAGUGUUGAUAAUGCAAUCUGAAAUUGAACAGAAUGGUGGUGGUAAUGGAAAUUAAAUUUAUACCAAUCAUAUUUCAAACAUUAGUGGGUUACAUUCAUGCCACACAAUGUCAGUCAAUGGCUGUCUCUGACAAGAGAGAAUCUAACCAUCUCUCCUUAACGAUAUCCUUGGCAUUGUUCUCACUGAAUCCCUCACUGUUAAUAUCCUGGGGAUUACCCUUGAUCAGAAACUGAACUAGACCAGCCACUUUGAUUGUAUGGCAGGUGAACACUAGGUUGGUUAAGAUGAAUGUGAGGUGAUCUUAUGCCAGGGUCGAAAUGCCAAAUACUAGGGGGCAUAGGUUUAAGGUGAGUUGGGGA